AUGAGACUCCUCAACACAGAGACCCUUCAAGUAAAGGAAUUUUUUGGCUUCCUACCUCCUUACGCCAUACUCUCGCAUACAUGGGAGAAAGAAGAGGUCCUCUUCUCCGACAUGCAAAACGUCUCAUUGGCACACCAAAAAGCAGGAUUCGUCAAACUGCAGGCGGCAUGUCAACUGGCACUGAAACAAGGAUACCACUGGAUCUGGAUAGACACCAGCUGCAUCGACAAGUCUAGCAGUGCGGAGUUAUCGGAGGCCAUCAACAGCAUGUAUCGCUGGUACGCAGAAUUUGCUGUCUGCUACGCCUACCUCUGUGAUGUCGAGUAUCAUCGGCUUGACGACAUUCGAAACAGCCGUUGGUUUACCCGUGGUUGGACCCUACAGGAGCUUAUUGCCCCGACGCGCGUGGAGUUCUACGAUAAACGAUGGGUCUAUAUUGGUGAGAAACACGACGAUAUCCUCCGUUCUAUUCUGUCGCAGGCUAGCCUGGUCGAUGAGUGUGUGCUUGCUGGUGUUGUGUCGCUUGACAGGAUCAGCGUUGCUCGGAAGAUGUAUUGGGCGUCGAGGCGCUACACAACCAGGAAAGAGGACGAAGCAUACUGUCUGCUUGGCAUAUUCGAUGUCAAUAUGCCUCUGUUAUACGGGGAAGGGAAGAAGGCCUUUAUUCGGUUACAACAAGAGAUCAUGAAAGCGACAGACGACCAGUCCGUCCUAGCGUGGUAUUGCUUCGAUCCAGAAGAGCUGAGAGCUAUGAGACGAAACUUCACCAACACGCUACCGACAGUCCUAGCAACCUCCCCUCGAUGCUUCGCACGGUCAAGAGACAUAUGGCCCCUAACCUCCCUGUUCUUUGACCCUCCAGAAAAAAGGCUGCGCAAUAUGGAUUGUGUUGGUGGUGCCGUUGAGUUUUCUGCCCUGAUUGAUAAGAAAUCAAUGGCUGGAGACAGUGGGGCUCCUGAACUUAAACGGGUCCUUCUGAAUUGCCAAAUGGGGCAAAUACCAGGAACACUACCGAUUAUUCUAGUAGACGAGGCUUCUGGAACCAGGUAUAUGCAGCCUGAUGAAGUCACUUCAACAAAUAUUUAUCUGGAGGUCGAGGGAAAAGCUCCCCCUCUGGGAGUGUUCCCCGAAUCCUCCAAUCCAGCCCUGAUUACCUCAAGAAACGCUUUGGAUGACCGUCGCCAAUCGCCAAAAGUCUUCAAAGAAGAGCCCAUCGAGAAAAACGACGAUUCAUAUGGAGUCCCGGCCGCAAACCCCUUCUCCUAUGCCAUUGAGCGUAUCAAAAUCUUCAAGACCGCAACAUAUUCAGGCCAGUAA